UGAAAUCGUUGUUUUAACCUUCAAGUUGGUCCUCAUGAUUAAAUUUAGGGUUUGAUUAGGUUCAUUAGGUUGGCAAUAAACAAGGAAACAUUUUUGAAAUUUUGUAUUGUGUUUACGUUAAAGUUUGAGGUUAUGUAGAAUGGAAAAUAUUGAGAAAAUGAUCGAUUUAUGGCAUAAAAAGAGAGCAAACCGCGAAGAACAGUUCGCGGAAAUAAAAAAAAAGCAAAUAUCAGAAUAUAGUAAUCUUAUAGACACGGUACAAACAAUAAAAGAUGAGAUGAGUGAUUGUAAGGAAACUGUUAGUAAGAAUCUUCAGCGUUUAACAACACAUAAACACUCGAUAUAUAACUUAUGUAUUGAUAAUUCUGAAAAUACUCAGGGACUACCAAUUUCACAUAAUUAUCAUCGGCAAGCGAUAAUAAUGUUCUCAGAAGUUGCCAACUUCAUAAAUAAAUUUCAGACUGUCUAUAAAAAUUUUGAUGUCAGCAUAGAGCAUAAUGAUGAGCAUUUUGUAGAUCUUAUGGAUGAGAUUACAUGUUCUACAAAGUACGUAGGAAAUGAAUUAUUUAAAAUAAAAUCUUUACUUACGGAAGUAAACACAUUACAAAGGAAUGCAGAUAUAUUGCAGUAUUAUUUGGCUGAUACCGAUGAGGAUAUGGAAAUUUGAAGAAUAUUGUCCUAUAUUUUAAAUUCACAUUAUCUUUUUAUAGAAAUUGAAUAUAUAUAUAUAUUUUUAAUAUUUAUAAAUUCCUCAAAUAACGUGAAAAAAAUGUACAUUGGCUCCUGGAUUAUAAUGUAUUAAUCGAAAGUUUACAUGCGCUAAGUAAUGGUGUCAUAAUGAUCAUCGAGAUUCAAUUUAAGCAUAAUUAAAUUUGGAUCCACGAUUUUCUAUAACAAAAAAUAUUUCAGAUGUAUAUCAUGAAUUGGUAGAUUUUAAAAAAAUAAAUAUUUUCUUACCAUUAA